AUGACAUUUCCCUUGCUACCUGCAUACGCAAGUGUUGCAGAGUUUGAUAAUUCCUUGAGUUUGGUAGGAAAAGCCGUGUUUCCCUAUGCUGCUGACCAGCUGCACAACCUGAUCAAGUUCACUCAAUCGACUGAGCUUCAAGUUAAUGUGCAAGUUGAGUCAUCCGUUACAGAGGACCAAUUUGAGGAGCUGAUCGACAACUUGCUCAAGUUGUACAAUAAUGGUAUCAAUGAAGUGAUUUUGGACCUAGAUUUGGCAGAAAGAGUUGUCCAAAGGAUCCCAGGCGCUAGGGUUAUCUAUAGGACCCUGGUUGAUAAAGUUGCAUCCUUGCCCGCUAAUGCUAGUAUCGCUGUGCCUUUUUCUUCUCCACUGGGCGAUUUGAAAAGUUUCACUAAUGGCGGUAGUAGAACUGUUUAUGCUUUUUCUGAGACCGCAAAGUUGGUAGAUGUGACUUCCACUGUUGCUUCUGGUAUAAUCCCCAUUAUUGAUGCUCGGCAAUUGACUACUGAAUACGAACUUUCUGAAGAUGUCAAAAAGUUCCCUGUCAGUGAAAUUUUGUUGGCGUCUUUGACUACUGACCGCCCCGAUGGUCUAUUCACUACUUUGGUGGCUGACUCUUCUAAUUACUCGUUGGGCCUGGUGUACUCGUCCAAAAAGUCUAUUCCGGAGGCUAUAAGGACACAAACUGGAGUCUACCAAUCUCGUCGUCACGGUUUGUGGUAUAAAGGUGCUACAUCUGGAGCAACUCAAAAGUUGCUGGGUAUCGAAUUGGAUUGUGAUGGAGACUGCUUGAAAUUUGUGGUUGAACAAACAGGUGUUGGUUUCUGUCACUUGGAACGCACUUCCUGUUUUGGCCAAUCAAAGGGUCUUAGAGCCAUGGAAGCCACCUUGUGGGAUCGUAAGAGCAAUGCUCCAGAAGGUUCUUAUACCAAACGGUUAUUUGACGACGAAGUUUUGUUGAACGCUAAAAUUAGGGAGGAAGCUGAUGAACUUGCAGAAGCUAAAUCCAAGGAAGAUAUAGCCUGGGAAUGUGCUGACUUAUUUUAUUUUGCAUUAGUUAGAUGUGCCAAGUACGGUGUGACGUUGGACGAGGUGGAGAGAAACCUGGAUAUGAAGUCCCUAAAGGUCACUAGAAGGAAAGGAGAUGCCAAGCCAGGAUACACCAAGGAACAACCUAAAGAAGAAUCCAAACCUAAAGAAGUCCCUUCUGAAGGUCGUAUUGAAUUGUGCAAAAUUGACGUUUCUAAGGCCUCCUCACAAGAAAUUGAAGAUGCCCUUCGUCGUCCUAUCCAGAAAACGGAACAGAUUAUGGAAUUAGUCAAACCAAUUGUCGACAAUGUUCGUCAAAAUGGUGACAAAGCCCUUUUAGAACUAACUGCCAAGUUUGAUGGAGUCGCUUUGAAGACACCUGUGUUAGAAGCUCCUUUCCCAGAGGAACUUAUGCAAUUGCCAGAUAACGUUAAGAGAGCCAUUGAUCUCUCUAUAGAUAACGUCAGGAAAUUCCAUGAAGCUCAACUAACGGAGACGUUGCAAGUUGAGACUUGCCCUGGUGUAGUCUGCUCUCGUUUUGCAAGACCUAUUGAGAAAGUUGGCCUCUAUAUUCCUGGUGGAACCGCAAUUCUGCCUUCCACUUCCCUGAUGCUGGGUGUUCCUGCCAAAGUUGCUGGUCGCAAAGAAAUUGUUUUUGCAUCUCCACCUAAGAAGGAUGGUACCCUUACCCCAGAAGUCAUCUACGUUGCCCACAAGGUUGGUGCUAAGUGUAUCGUGCUAGCAGGAGGCGCCCAGGCAGUAGCUGCUAUGGCUUACGGAACAGAAACUGUUCCUAAGUGUGACAAAAUAUUUGGUCCAGGAAACCAGUUCGUUACUGCUGCCAAGAUGAUGGUUCAAAAUGACACAUCAGCCCUGUGUAGUAUUGACAUGCCUGCUGGGCCUUCUGAAGUUCUAGUUAUUGCUGAUAAAUACGCUGAUCCAGAUUUCGUUGCCUCAGACCUUCUGUCUCAAGCUGAACAUGGUAUUGAUUCCCAGGUGAUUCUGUUGGCUGUCGAUAUGACAGACAAGGAGCUUGCCAGAAUUGAAGAUGCUGUUCACAACCAAGCUGUGCAGUUGCCAAGGGUUGAAAUUGUACGCAAGUGUAUUGCACACUCUACAACCCUAUCGGUUGCAACCUACGAGCAGGCUUUGGAAAUGUCCAAUCAGUACGCUCCUGAACACUUGAUCCUGCAAAUCGAGAAUGCUUCUUCUUAUGUUGAUCAAGUACAACACGCUGGAUCUGUGUUUGUUGGUGCCUACUCUCCAGAGAGUUGUGGAGAUUACUCCUCCGGUACCAACCACACUUUGCCAACGUACGGAUAUGCCCGUCAAUACAGCGGAGUUAACACUGCAACCUUCCAGAAGUUCAUCACUUCACAAGACGUAACUCCUGAGGGACUGAAACAUAUUGGCCAAGCAGUGAUGGAUCUGGCUGCUGUUGAAGGUCUAGAUGCUCACCGCAAUGCUGUUAAGGUUCGUAUGGAGAAACUGGGACUUAUUUAA